GCCAAACAGCAGCAAAAGCAGCACAUCAAUUCGCAAUGGCGGCCACAGCGGUAAAUCAAGAGCCUUCGGGCGCACAAAAUAUCUCAACCCUUCUCGAAACGCUUACUACCUGUCUCUCGAGUACCGGAUCGUCCCUUCCCCUCGCCAAAAGGGAAAACCCUUCAGACGUAUCGAUCGAGCCUCCACAAGAUGGCAUUUCACUUCUGGACACCAAGAGCGACCUAUUCCUCUCUUACUUACAGAAUCUCGUUUUCCUUGUUAUUUUUCAAUUGAAGGAAAUCUCCUCGAAGUCUCAGUCCGAGGAUGAAGACGAAGAUGCGAACAAUUCAAUUCGUGAAGACGUCGUUAAAAAGCUUGUCGAGUUGCGAGUCUUCCUAGACCGCGGUGUCAGACCAUUGGAGAGCAGGCUUAAGUACCAGGUCGACAAGGUUGUCAAGGCUGCGGAGGACACUGAACGGGCCGAACGUGGAGCCCAAGCCUCUGGAAAAAGCAAGACACAGAAAGCGCGUCGAUCGGACGGCGAGGAAGAGUCUGGGUCAGACGAAGACAGCAGCGAUAGCGAAGAUGACAGCGAGGAAGAUGAGGAUAUCGAUGAGAUGGCAUACCGACCCAACAUCUCUGCAUUCGGCAAGGCAGCUGAGCCUCAAGCCAAACCCGAUAGGUCGGCCAAGAACGCCUCCAGUGAUGGUAUUUACCGGCCUCCUAGGAUCAUGCCGACCGCUUUGCCUACCACUGAGCGCCGGGAGCGUGAGGAACGUCGCCCGCGCAGGUCUAAUGUCAUCGACGAAUUUGUUAGCGCAGAAAUGUCGUCUGCGCCGAUGGCAGAGGCCAGCAUUGGAAGUACGAUCAGACAGGGUGGAAGACAUACCAAGUCCAAGAAAGAGAAAGAGUUGGAGGCAGAGCGGACAGCAUAUGAAGAAACCAACUUCAUUCGAAUGCCCAAGGAGUCCAAGAAGGAUCGUGCCAAGCGAGGAGGCCGUGCCGAAAGCAGUUACGGAGGUGAAGACUGGAGAGGACUCACCGAGGGUGCAGAUCGCAUCUCCAAACUUACGCGAAGAGCCAAAGGAAGCGGCGGAGCCCUUGAAAAGAGUCGGAAGAGAAAGAAUGAGGAUGGACAGCGUGAUGAUGGUGUGGGAAUGGGUCAAAUCUUCGACAAGCGACGCAAGAAGGUUGAUAGCUGGAAGCGGUAAUCACUAUGUAGUUUGUAUGACGGAGUCUUGCAUUGUAUAUUUUGGCUGGACGUUUCAAUUGUUUGGUUUCAAUGUCUGGCAUCUUUUACUUGAUACCUACGAAAAGUACUCAAAAAUGAUAUUCCAUUUUUCUACACAUUUUUCUACAUAUUUU